CGCACACCGGCGACGAUGUUCCCGUGUCGCCCACUGGUGUCCCCGCCGCUGCCGCGCGCCCUCGCGGCCGCGGCGCCCGUGUCCCUGCGGCGUCUGCCGUCGGCGGCGCUGUCGCUGCGUGUGGUGCGGUGCAUGGCCAAGGAGCGGCGGGUGCGGAUGGUGGCGAAGCAGAUCCAGCGGGAGCUCGCGGACAUGCUGACCCGCGACCCCGUCAUGCAGCGCGCCGUCCUCCCCGAGGCCGCCCUCGGCGCCGACCGCUACCUCUCCUCCCUCACCACCAUCGCCGACGUCGAGCUCUCCAACGAUCUGCAGGUCUGCAAGGUGUAUGUUUCCGUGUUUGGGGACGAGAGGGGGAAGAAGGUCGCCAUGGCUGGACUCAAGGACAAGACCAAGUAUGUCAGGAGCCAGAUAGGCAAGCGGAUGAAGCUGCGCCUCACGCCUGAGAUACGCUUCAUCGAAGACGAGUCCAUGGAGCGUGGAAGCAGGAUUCUUACUAUAUUGGACAAACUAAAGGAGGAAAGGGAGCAGCGAGAAGGAAAGGAUGAAGAAGAAGAUGGAGAAGCUUCAGAUCUAGUGGAAGAAGAAGAUGGUGACUGGGAUGGAGAUGAGCCAGAUGAGGAGGACAUAAUUUAUGUAAAAUAGCCCACUAUGUCUUUUAGAAGCUUGACAUUCUUUCAACUUCGGAACUCAUCAGUUCUCUUAGCAGUUAGUUCCAUGAUGAUGAGAACUCACUCAGUGCUCACAUUGCCAACAACACGCUCCAAGAGUAUCUCAACACUUGAAGAGCAAUACUGAGACAUCUAUGUUGCCAAUUAGAAGCAGGCCAUAGCCUUUCUUUCAAUGCUUCAAUCCGCAGGAUGCCUAAAGCGGGAAUGUAGAGGGUGUGUUAUCAUAUUGUGUUCACUAGAUCAGUAUCUGACCAUUAAUGAGGGACGGUUUCAGUGAUGUUCAUCCUUGCGUGUAUGCUAACUAAUCCUUGUUAUGUGCAGCUGUUGUGUCUAUUGAUCUUACCGAACAAUGGAGGCACUUGCUUUUCACUUUUCAUUUUCUAUUCAUCUUGUACGGUA